CGAGAAAAUAUCCCCAAUUCCCCACCCCAGCUUGCAACCCUAAUCACAUUUCGCCGCCUCCAGCCCCGUCAACCUCUCCCCCUUCCCUCGCCAACCCUAGCCCACCCCCCGCGAGAUCUGCCCAGCGCGAGCAGCCAUGGCGGAUACGCUCGACAUGACCCUCGACGACAUCAUCAAGAACAACAAGAAGAGCAACCCCUCCUCCGGCGGGGGCCGCCGCAGCCGCGGUGGAUCCGCCUCUGGCGGCAGCGGCGGCGGCGGCAGCAGCGGUGGGGUUGGGCCGACCAGGCGCCCCUUUAAGAGGGCCGGGAACAGGCAGGCUCCCUACCAGCCGCCGAAGGCCCCCGACGCGGCGUGGCAGCACGACAUGUACCCCGCGGUCGCCGCCACAGGUGGAGGCAGCGGCGGGAGGGUCUCGGCUAUCGAGACGGGCACCAAACUCUACAUCUCCAACCUGGACUUUGGCGUCUCGAACGAGGACAUCAAGGAGCUUUUCUCCGAGUUAGGUGAUCUGAAGCGAUCUUCCAUAAAUUAUGAUCGAAGUGGGAGGUCUAAGGGAACAGCUGAAGUUGUAUUUGCAAGGCGUGCUGAUGCUGUAGCUGCGGUGAAGAAAUAUAACAACGUGCAACUUGAUGGUAAGCCCAUGAAGAUAGAGAUAGUUGGGACCAAUACUCCAACAGCAGCUGCUGCUCUUCCAGCCAUUAACGGAGGCCAGGCUAGGAAUACUGUGAAUGCUGUGAAGAGUGCACCGAGGGGUGGCCCAACAGGUAUGCCACAGCGUAGACCCCAUCAAAGGGGUGGCGGUGGAAGGCGUGGCGGUGGAUCUGGUGGUCGUCGUGGCAAAGAGCGUGGUAAGCCAAAGUCUGCUGAAGAACUUGAUGCUGACUUGGAGAAGUAUCAUGCCGAUGCGAUGCAGACCAACUAAAUGCCUUCACCAAGUCGAAAUUUCCGUCAAAUAUGAAGAGCAUUAGUCCUUUCAUUCCUGCCGUUUGUGCUGCUAUGUUCAGGGGACAACAGAACCUUAUGUUUGUGGGGGUCUUGCUUUACUGAAUUUUAUGGGUUAUGUGUUUACAUAGAACUAGACAGUGGGUGAUGCUGAACACUGCUAUGGAAAUUACUUGGUUGCCUUUAGUUUCUGUACCUAAUGCUGCGGAGUGAAGAAUCAUCCAAGUUUGCUCCACAUGUGAACGUUGGAGAUGUAUGAAGGUCCUCUCAUUUGCUUUGACCCUCGCCAUGCAAUACAACAUCUUCAAGGUAAAAAAGGGACUGGAUUUCAGAUGUUCCCUGGUGGUCCAGUUUUGUGCUUUCAUUCUGAUAUUGCUGAGAUGAUUAACUGCUGUCCCGGUUCAAGCUCCAGCCAUCUUAGUAGGAGGUGGCUGUUGCCUUUUAUUGCGAAACAUUGUGAUAUUUAUUUUGGGCAUCUUAAGCGAUCUUCUCAGGCACAUUAAUGAUUCGCAUGAGCUCGAGGUGCCUCAUUCUUUUAAAAGUUGAUUCCUUUCUUGCAUAAUCUUCAUCGCUUCUGGUGUCGACAAGUAAAGUUAUCGCGGAUUUGGCUGUCACUAAUCUCAUUGAAACAUCAUGGUGCAAAUCCUGCUUCAAGGUCUGCUUUUGGUAGUUAUAGUUGAUGCUUCUACAUCCUUUUGGACUUGAGCCCGUUGCUUUCUUAUUUAUGGUGUAAGCAUAUGGGGAUGCCUCUGAUGGUUGAUCUUAUCUACUGCGCUUGGUUGGAAUUAUAUCAACUUGCUUGGAGGAUGCACAUCAGCACAUGGAGUCCCUUGCCUCUUGCCCAGAAAAUCAGUUUUUAAUUGACUCAUUCCUUUUUCUUGCCUGUCAUUGUGGAGUUGGAACUUGUUUCAACUUCAACCCUGGUGGUGAUCUCCCCUUGCAGAUGGUUUGAAUCAUCCUGGGUUCCCAGUUUUGCAUGUGAUUACUUGUGACCGCGAUGGUAAUGGUAUCUCAUUAGCGGGUUGAGGUCAACCUUGUUUUUGUUCCUUCUCUUGUUUCGGUAUAGUUGGUUAUGGUUGUGGGAACAUUUAUUUUGUUUCAUUAUUGCUUCAGUUCUAUUGCAAAAUGUUUUAAUA